AUGGACGAGAGACACAGAGAUGGAGAGAGAGACAAAAUGGAAUUGGCUCUUUCCAUUGUGGUUCCAGGUCUAAAGAAGAUGGACAGGACUUCUGUUCUGGGAGAUGCCAUCAAUUAUGUAAAACAUCUGGAAGAACGAGUAAAGACACUAGAGGAACAACAAGAAAUGAAAACCGAAAACCAUAAACCAGUCAUUUUGAUGAAGAAAUCUCUGCUAUGUACUGUCGAAGAUUCUUUGUCUGAUAAUGACAUGGUUAUGCAGCCACUGCCUGAAAUUGAGGCCAGAGUUUCCAACAAGGAUGUUUUGAUAAGAAUCUAUUUUAAAAAUAAUAAGAAAAAAGAAAUCAUUCCUUUUAAAUCGAAGUCAAUAAUAUUAAGUGAACUGAUCUAA